AUGGCUGAAAAGCAGCUGGAGGAUCCUAAGUCCAUCCCAGCAGAGCAGACCAAGAUGUAUUCACAGAACCAGUUCAGUCUGAGAACACCGCAGCCUGGACAGAGACAGUCCACACGUAGGGAUCCUAAGAAGUGGGUGAGGUCUGGGUGUGUUAAUGGGGUGCAGCCUAGCAGGGCCAUGAAGUCCCAUCACUCCCCAGAGAACGCGGCCAGGGAGAGGAGCCGUGUGCGUAACCUCCGUCAGGCCUUCCACAGCCUGCAGGCAGCCCUGCCCUCUGUCCCCCGUGACACCAAGCUCUCCAAGCUGGACGUGCUGGUCCUGGCCACCGACUACAUCGCCCACCUUACUGAGACCCUGGAUCAGGGAGGGCCUCUGUCUGAACUCCCACUACCCCCCAGGGCAGGGGGCUACCUCCACCCAGUCAAGAAGUGGCCGAUGCGCUCCUUGCUGUACUGUGGGAGGACUGCUGUCAGCCAAUCAGACGCCAGUGUCAGGAGAGAAGGAGACACUUCCACUGACCCCUAA